AUGGACGUAGACGGAAACUUUGAUGUAGUCAUCCUUGGAACCGGCCUCACCGAAUCCAUAACCGCUGCUGCGCUUUCCAAGGCAGGCUUCAAAGUUGCUCACCUUGACUCCAAUUCAUACUAUGGAGGCGACGAAGCAAGCCUCUCUCUGGACGAACUCGCGCAAUGGGCAGAUCGUAGACGCUCCACAUCCGAUGCUGACCAGCCGUCCUCGAGAUAUCUGUCCGCGCAGAGGAAACGGUUCGCGUCUGUGACGCGUUCAGAAACCAUCCCAGAUCAUGCACGACAUUAUUCCAUAUCGCUUGCUCCGGCCCUUAUUCCCUCACUUGGGCCGCUCAUAUCGUCUCUUGUCGCGUCAGGCGUAGCUCGCUACGGUGGCUACAGACUCCUCGAACGCGUCGGUAUAUUCCAGCAAGGGGAUCGGGCAGGUGGCCGUCAUGAUAUCAAGAGUGUACCGGGGAGCAAGGAAGAUGUCUUCAAGUCGAAGGAUAUGAGUCUGCUGGAGAAGAGGAGGUUGAUGCGUUUCCUGAUGUUUGCGUCGGGAGAGUUCGAAGGGAAGAAAGAGAUCGAGGGAAAGGAGGGCAAGCCUUUCGUCAGCUUUCUCAAGGAGGCUUUCUCCUUGGAUGGGAGUGUCAGUGAGGCCAUCGCGUACGCACUGGCAUUCUGCACUACACCGAAUGAUCCGACACUACCCGCUCUCACUCGUCUCAGACACUAUCUCCGUUCCACAGGACGAUAUGGCGCAUCGCCUUUCCUCGUAGGUCACUAUGGUGGUUCUGGCGAAAUCGCUCAAGGUUUUUGUCGUAUCUCAGCCGUCAAUGGUGGUGUCUACAUCCUCGACCGCGCUCUCAACUCCAUAUCCAAGGUGGAAAUCUCAGAGACAGAGGCGGAGCAACCUACAUCGGACCGAUACAACAUUGAGCUGAACGACUUCCCCGAACCUAUGACUGCCGAGAUCGUUAUCUCCGCCCCCGACCAUCUCCCUUCUGAACUGAAGGAUAUGGCACAAACCGUUUACUACAAAGACUCCUCGUCAUUUACGCCUUCGAGCUCUGUUCCCUCCGUGGCGCGAGGGGUUGCUAUCAUCGACUUUCCGAUACCGUUCCCUGCCGUGGCGGCCCUUCCUUCCUCAAGUGGUGACGAGGGUGCAGCUCCAGGUACCGAGGAGGAUCAAGGUGCACCAGCAGUUCCGUCGCCACCAGAGGUCGAGAGACCAGUCGACACGGCAGUUCUGGUGUUCCCCCCUUCGUCGUUAGAGGGAGGUUCGCGCGAUGCGGUUGUCCAUGCAUUCGUCACAGGAGAAGGGAGCAUGUCAGCUCCCAAGGGCAAAUAUAUCGUAUACCUUUCUCUACCCCUGUCACAAGCAGAGAAAGAUACGGUUUCGCCUGAGACCCUUCUCAGACCGUAUUUGGAUGCCGUCCUCGCACUAGGAACUCCUUCUGCUUUAGCUUCACCGCCAGCUGAUUCGUCCACGUCGGUACCCGACCCGAAUUCUGAUACCGAAUCAGACAACCCUCGUCCAUCGUCCACGCCCAAAACCCCACUCUUUACUCUUUUCUAUGUUCAACACCCUCCGUCGUCUCUCCCUCCACCCGUCCACUCCACUGCGUCCACGUCCCCUCCUAGCCUUACUGGUGAAACAUCAACCCCAGAGACUACCGAUGCCACCAUCGCCGUGAAAGACUCCACCGUUCUCAUAACACCUCCCCUCCCGCCUUCGCUCGCCGAAUCAUCAGAUAAUGCCAGCCAAGCGGCGGAAGCUAUGUUCUUCAAGGCUGUGGAGGUUCUUAGAGCCCGACACCCAGCGGGGUUGAAGUUCGAUGAGGACGAGGAUGAGGCGGAGGGAGAGGGAGAGGGAGUCGGGAAGGUGGAGAGGGGAGAGAAGCAGGAAGGAGCCGCUGGGGAUGUUUUCGAGGAGAUUAAGGCGUUUUGGCCGCCUUUGGAGAGAGUGGGGGAGGAUGAGGGGGAGGAGUGGUAG